AUGUACUCCAAGACAUUCCUCGCUGCCGGCGUCUUUGGCCUUGCCACUCUCGGCCUUGUCAAGGCUGCUCCCACUGGCAGCGACGACAUCCAAGCUCUGGACAUUAUCAACCAGGCUCGUCACAGCAUCGGCCAGGCUCCUCUUGUCUGGAGCUACGCCCUCACAGAUGACGCCUUGGCCUGGAGCGAAAAGAUGGCUUUGGACGGCAAGCUACAGCAUGCUCCUGUCUCUGAACGCAAGGGCGCUGGCGAACUUCUCAGUCUGUUCCGCUCCAAGGACAAAGAGGAUGCCAGAGCUACUCAUACCAUCCGUGAGUCAGUCAAGGAGUGGCUCAGCACCGAUGCUCAACAGUCGUCCACCAACAGCUUCGACACUCUUUCACUUCGUGUAAGCUCCUUUCAACUCCGCUUGAUUUGUCUGCUGACGCCUUGUUACACAGAACAACUCCUUUCUCCCAAGGCCACUCAAAUUGGCUGUAGCCGCUCUUUCACCAUCAAUGUCACCGGCUCUCUGUGGUCUUCUUACACAGUCUGUCGCGUUUAUGCUGAUAUCAACCCAACUGAGAACAGCGCCCUAUCUCGUCGUCAAGACAUGUCCACUGGUCCCUUCACUGGCGCCAUCACCUUCUUCAAUCCCGCUCUUGGCUCUUGCGGCCAGCAUGACACUGACAGCUCCUUCAUUGUCGCACUCUCACACAUCAAGAUGGGUUCCAAGUCUAACGACAAUGAACUAUGCGGCAAGAAGGUCAUCAUCCAUGCUGAGGGUACUUCUGUGGAGGUCACGGUCACGGACAAGUGCAUAGGUUGUGCUGUCAACGACAUAGACGUCAGUCCUGCUGUGUUUUCCAAGCUCUUGGGAAACCUUGAUCGCGGACGUGUCGAUGGUAUCACCUGGGAGAUCGCUGCCUGA